AUGAAUCCUCCACUAUCAUCAUUCCUUCCGGUUUUCCUGUACUUAUUGUCAUUUGGCGCAAUCUUCUUUGAUUCUGUGCAAGCAUUAUCCAUCAGAGAAGCAAGCAUAAGUGAUAUUCAACUAGCUUUCAAGCAGAACCAGCUCACUUCCAAGCAACUCACCGAGUUCUACCUCGGUGAAAUCCACAGGCUCAACCCAGUCCUCAGAGGAGUCAUCGAAGUGAACCCUGACGCCUUGCAUCAGGCCUGUAAGGCCGACUGGAAACGCAAGGCCAAGCCAAAUGGCUCGCUGCCUGUCCUGCAUGGGAUUCCAAUCCUGCUCAAGGAUACCAUUGGUACAAAAGACAAGCUGAACACCACAGCCGGCUCAUUCGCACUGCUUGGCUCGGUUGUGGCUCAUGAUGCGGGAGUGGUGGCUCGCUUGAGGAAAGCCGGUGCUGUUAUAUUGGGGAAGGCUAGCUUGAGCGAGUGGGCUAACAUAAGGUCUUCGAAGGCACCAGUUGGUUGGAAUGCCAGAGGUGGUCAGGGCAAGAACCCAUACGUUCUUUCAGCGACUCCUUGCGGAUCAAGUAGUGGACCGGCAAUUUCGGUGGCGGCUAAUAUGGUGGCAGUGUCACUAGGAACCGAGACUGAUGGAUCAAUAUUAUGCCCUGCUAGUUUUAAUUCAGUAGUAGGCAUCAAGCCAACUGUUGGCCUCACGAGCCGAGCUGGGGUUGUUCCUGUCACUCCCAGACAAGACACCAUCGGGCCUCUAUGCCGGACUGUUUCGGAUGCCGUCUACGUUCUUGAUGCCAUCGUGGGUUAUGACCACAAUGAUGGGGCAACGAGAGAAGCGUCAAAAUAUAUUCCUCGAGGCGGAUAUAGACAGUUUCUCAAAGCUCAGGGGCUCCAGCGAAAGAGGCUGGGGAUAGUGAGAGAUCCCUUCUUUAAUUUCACCGAUAAGCCCGACCAAGCUCUUGCUUUUCAGAAUCAUUUUCAAACAUUGCGGCACGCAGGAGCAGUUUUGGUGGAUAAUCUGAAGAUAGACAACAUUGACAUCAUCUUGAACUCCGUUGCGAGCGGCGAAGCAAUAGCCACACUAGCAGAGCUCAAAAUAAAUUUGAAUGCUUACUUGAAGGCCCUCGUGGUGUCUCCAGUGCGAUCCUUAGCAGAUGUCAUAGCUUUCAACCAGAACAACUCUAAACUGGAACUGACAGACCAGAUCGGCCAGGACAUCUUUCUGGCAUCUGAAGCCACGAACGGGAUCGGCAAGGUGGAGAAGUCGGCUCUGUCAAGCUUAGCAAACCUAUCAAGAAAUGGAUUUGAGAAGCUGAUGAAGCAGUACAAUCUAGAUGCGAUCGUCACUCCCGGGUUCGAAGUUGCUCCGGUUCUUGCCAUUGGCGGAUUCCCAGCGAUUAGCGUCCCUGCCGGUUACGACAACAAGGGAGUACCGUUCGCAAUUUGCUUUGGAGGGCUGAAGGGUUCGGAGCCGAAGCUGAUCGAGAUUGCCUACUCAUUUGAGCAAGCUACAAAGGUCAGGAAGCCUCCCUCAUUCAAACCUUGA